GAAAGCGUUUCCAUAGACGCGCUGCCAACGUUGUUGUCGAAGUUUUUGGCAGUAGGAGAUUUGGCAGCAACGAGAGCGAGAGGGCUGCAGGUUAUGACGGGAGUACAGCUUGUUCUUGAUGAAAACCUUUCAGUUUGAAGCAUGACUUGUGCUUCGUGAUCAUGCUUGGACCCGCAUCCACCAAGAUUGUUUCAGUCACUGCAAGUACGAUAAAACGACUGGUGAUCUCUUUCGUCUUAGCUUCUAAAAUUACCGAAGCGAAUCCUCGACGUUUGCAGCUCCCCAACGUGAACAAGAUUGUCCAGAUUGUGAACCGCGAAUUCGACGACGCGCAUCGAGACAUCUUCAGCUGUGUCGAAAUCGACGUCAGGAAUGACCCUCUAGCCGCGUUGGCAGAUCCGUCAGGGGCACAGCUGUACCAGAAAAAAGGGGGCGUGAAAGCUUUCAAAUGCUUUCCGAGAGAUUUGGAGUAUCAUCCUCGAGUCGGGGACCCGGUGUUUGUUUGGGACAGUAGUGCAACUGGGAGUAGUGCUGGUGCUAUUGGGGGUAGUGUUGGCGGAGGUGGUACUGGUAGUGCUGGCGGAGGUGGCUCUGGUAAUGCUAGAUCACAGACACAGAGAAGUCGGGGUAUAGUGUUGGCGAUUUUUCCUGGAGGCUAUUUGCAGGUUCAAGUUUGUGCCGAUGAGUCUUCAUCUAAGAAGCGAGAUGGAGAUUCUGCUGGUACGGUUCGUGUUGUCAGCUUACAUCACAUUCGUCGCUAUGACCCAGUAGAGGACCUUGUUGGAGGAGGUGAAAGCUCUCUACUAAACUCAUCCAAACUGCCAGAAGGAGAAAAAGUUACCUGCUUGACCAGCCAUUUGAGUAGCCAUGGUGUGAUCAAUGUUGGUGACAUUGCUAGAAUUUGUCUGCCGGAUGGCGGUGCAGGGGCUCUGACUGAUGUACCUACCCCAUCAGCAUCUAGCACAUCGAAACGUCGACUCCAUACUGGUCAAUUCAUUCGGGUCAUCCGAGAGGUACCAGUCGAAGACUUUGCAGCGGAACGAUCACAAAUUGUGAGUUCUAUGGUCUCAGAUCUUCAGCCACACUACGAUGGUGGAGGAGGUGCUAGUGAAAGUAAGGGGACAACAGCUGUUGGCGACCAAGAAAUCGACGAAAUUGAUACGCAAGACGUGCAUCACCUGACAAGAAGAGUAGAGAGGGAAAUCGAUACUUGGCUUUAUCCGGCGUCUGCUG